GAAGCCAAUAUUUAAAGCAAUCCAUUACGGACAUAAUUAAAUCGAUGGAUUCUUGUAGCAAAAUUAAAAUUAUGGAAAACAUGGAUAGAGAUAACGUUCGAACUUUGUUGUUAUUGUAUCAACAACAUCCAUGUUUAUACAUUGUAAAAUCUGUGGAUUAUCAUAAUCGUAUAAAAAGAGAAAAAGCUUUACAAAUAAUAUGCAAUCAGUAUACAGAGAUCACAAAAGAACCAAUAACAAUAGAAAUCGCAAAAAAGAAGAUCAACAAUUUAAGAUCACAAUAUUUAGAUUAUCUCAAUAAAAUUAAACAAUCAAAAGCAAGCGGUGCAUCAGCUGAUGAGAUUUAUAGACCUACCUGGUGGUUGUAUGAGGAUAUGAAAUUUCUUGAUCCUUAUAUUGCACAGAGAAAAGGAGAAUCUUCUAUAACAGAAAGAUUUUCUAAGGAUGAAUCAGAAUCUUCAACAAUGAACAGACUACUAAAUGAAGACGAUACGGACAAUUUACAACUAAUGGAUGUAUAUAAUGUUUUAAAAGACCAUGAUAAAGAAAAUAUCCAUGAAGAUAUUCAGUCGUCCCCUUCAAUGAGUCGCACUUCAACACAAUCACGUACCGCAACACCGUUAUCUAAAAGAAAAAAAUUUGAAAUGAUAAAAUCUGAAAGUGUAUCCCCUGAAGCUACAAACACUUUUUGGUCAAAGGCAUCGACUGCGAUUGAAUCAUUAGUUAAAAAUGAAGAAACAGAAGAUGGCUUGAAACAUUGGAUUCUAUAUUUAGAGGAGUUACGCAAAAUUAAAAAUUUGAAAAAAUUAAAAGGUUUGCAAAGAAAUAUUGCAUUAGUAGAUGAUGCAGAUAGUGAUUAA